AUGACAGCUUCACAUAUCCACAACACAAAUCACUCCAAGCCCAACCACCCGAGAUUGGGUUCCCCCGACCCCCCUGGCCCUCCUCACCAUACCUUGCAAGUCCGGGACUGGCUCACCUGGAGAUCAUGGAAGAAGUGUGCGGUCGACUUAUUGAAUCUUCCAAGAGAGAUGAACACCCACGACAUCUACGAUGCCUUCAAUAAGUAUGGGAAUCUAAUUUCGAUCGACGUUUGGGAGGACGCAUCGGGACGUCCUGAUUCCAGAGGACGUAUUCGCUUCAAACCUCCUCCAAGUGAAGACUUCUGGAAAACCGGCUCUUUCGGUGUGAAGCUUCGGAGUGGGCGUGUGACGGUGAUUUCACUCUCUGUCUGCUGUGAUGACUCGAACGGGACCAUCCCAAGUCCAGUCCGCUCAGAUGUUCAGCUCCCGAGUGAGCUUGAAUUGAAAACUGUUCAAGUCGACAUCGGUGUCCCGCUAGGUCCGUCCACCGUUCACUCUAUGCAAAGCUUUACCAACUUAGCAUUCCCCAGGUGUGUUGUGGAUGUCAUGCGCAAGUGCUUGCUCCUGUACUUCAAAGUGGGCAUUCGGGGGUCGGAGGCUACAGAUGUAAUGCAGCAUGACUAUCGUGUCAAAAUCACAUUCCUUCAACUGACCCGGAUUUACCAACAAUAUGACAAAGCGACGAGAGAGCACUCCUUUUUGAUCGUCCUAGACUCCGCCGCGAUCUGGCACCGAAAGGCCAAGGACAUUCAGUCCACAGUGACAGAACCGUUGAGCUGGAGAGAAGAGGAUAGUUGGUAUCGACAAACCUCCGUCACACAUAACCCGAACUCGCUGAAGAAUCUGCCCACCAGUUUGAAGAAGACGGGACAUAUCAUUGACCUGGGGCGAUGGAACGUGUUCAGGAUCUCAUUCGCACCCGACGCGGACCCCAAUACACGCCGUGUCGGCGAUACCAGUCACUAUUUGAUGCUUGUCGGAGAUAUUUUCAAGGACUACAACAUCUCCAUCAAAGAUGGGAGUCACUUUGUGGAGAAACCAGACCGACCUGUACCAGUGUGGCAUUGGAUUGACUUUUCUGAGUCCAAGUCCAGCAAGGCCUCCGCAUUACUGCAAGAUCUGGGAGAUCAGAACUAUUUACACCUCCCCUUCAAGGUACGGUAUCAACUAGAGGUGUGCUUGUCUCAUGGAUAUCUAUCUGAAUUCACCAUGACCCGGGAAUUUGUAGAAUUAUUGAAGGACCUUGGUGGUGAUCAAGCUACAAGACUGCUUGAGUUCGUUGCAACUGAGAAGAAACAGUACCUUGAUCCCAUGGAAAUUCUUGAUCUCAAAUUCUUCAAGGGGGUGACUGACUCGAAGAUUCCGAGCUACUGUUGCUUCAUGCACACAGCACGAGUCACUCCGACUACAAUUUACUACAAUACCCCAACAGUGGACAUCUCAAAUCGAGUCGUGCGCGAAUGGUCCACCAAAGGUGCCCCUGGGCGCUUUCUUCGGGUUCGAUUUACAGAUGAGAGAACUGAAGGCCGUAUCAACUCUUCAUUGGGCGAUUCCAACGAUGAAAUCUACACCCGUGUCAAAAGGACACUGGCCAACGGUAUCACCAUUGGAGACCGCCGCUACGAGUUCCUCGCAUUUGGUAACUCACAGUUCCGUGAGCAUGGCGCAUACUUCUUUUCGCCGGAUGCCGGUGUCUCAGCGGCAACCAUCCGGGCCUGGAUGGGUCAAUUCAACCAUAUUCGAAAUGUGGCCAAAUAUGCUGCAAGACUGGGACAAUGCUUUUCGACCACCCGAGCCUUCACCGGAUCUUCAGUUCAGACUACUCCGUGCAAUGACAUUGUUCGUAACGGCUUCACGUUCUCAGACGGUGUUGGGAAGAUUUCAAAAUUCCUUGCCCAGAUGGUCACAUCCCAGCACAACAUUAAAACCCUCACUGGAGAGCCUCCUUCGGCUUUCCAAUUUCGUCUUGGGGGAGCCAAAGGUAUGUUGGUUGUCUCUCCGGACCCUGUCCCUCAGGAGGUACACAUUCGACCAAGUCAGCAAAAGUUCGAAACCAAUCAAACCGGUUUGGAAAUCAUCCGUUGGUCCCAAUAUUCUCUUGCGACUUUGAACCGCCAGCUGAUCCUCGUGCUUUCUGCUCUGGGUAUCCCGGAUAAAGUCUUCCAUAGCAAACUUAACAGCAUGUUGGGUAACUUCCAUCGAGCCAUGUGCAAUGAUUCGAAAGCAACCAACCUUCUGCAAAAGUACAUCGACCCAAACCAAACGACCCUAACCUUGGCUCAGAUGGUAUCUGAUGGCUUCCGAAAAAAUGAGGAGCCGUUUGCCACUACCAUGCUUGAACUCUGGAAGUCCUGGCAUCUGAAGCAUCUCAAAGAGAAAGCAAAAGUUGCCAUAGACCAAGGAGCCAACCUUCUCGGUGUUAUGGAUGAGACAGGCGUUUUGAAGGGCUACUUUAAAAACAAAUUACCACACAGAGGAGCCUCCUAUGCAGAGAAACUGGCCGCUCUCCCUGAAAUUUUUGUCCAGAUAUGCCGGCUAGAUAGAGCUGGUGAGUACGAAAUCAUUGAAGGUCUCUGCAUUCUCGCCCGCAACCCUUCCCUUCAUCCGGGAGAUAUUCGCGUGGUUCGAGCAGUAAACCGACCGGAGCUGCAAGGACUCCGGGACGUGGUUGUGCUUCCUCAAACUGGCGACCAGGACAUUGCGAGCAUGUGUUCUGGGGGUGAUCUUGAUGGUGAUGACUACCUCAUUAUUUGGGAUCCUGAUUUGAUCCCCGCGAGAUGGUUCAUCGAAUGCAUGGACUACAAGGGCUCCAAAGCCCCGGACCUUGAUCAUGAUGUGACAGUUGACGAGAUCACUUCAUUCUUCGUCACCUAUAUGAAGAAUGACUGCCUUCCUCGAAUUGCACACGCCCAUUUAGCCUGGGCUGACAGACUCCCGAAAGGCGUGUGGGAAGAAAAGUGCAUUCGUCUUGCUCGGCUUCAUUCUGAUGCAGUGGAUUAUAACAAGAGCGGUGCGCAUGCGAGAAUGGCCCGCUCUUUGGAUCCCAAAUUCUGGCCCCAUUUCAUGGAGAAGCGAUUCAAGAGACCAUCCAGCAUUUACAAGUCCACCAAAAUUCUCGGUCAGCUGUACGACGCAGUGGUAACUCCUGACUUCGUCCCCAAGCUAGAGAAGCCCUUCGAUUCUCGCAUCCUAGAAUCCCCGCUGGCUCCAGCAAGUGAGAGCUACAUGGAAUACGCCCGCGAGCUCAAGGCGGAAUUCGACAUGAAUAUGCGACAAAUCAUGGCUCAGUAUGAGAUCAACACUGAGUUUGAAGUGUGGUCAACCUUUGCACUCCGCCACGGCUUCGUGAUUAGAGACUACAAGAUGCAGGAAGACCUAGGAAGAAUCGUGGGUACACUCCGUCGUGGAUUCCGCCACCAGUGUUACGACAAAGUCGGCCGUCAGGGAGGAAAUAUUCCUGCCUUGGUCAUCGCCAUGUACCGUGUUACGCAUGAGCAGGUAGCUGCAGCACUGGAAGCUCGACGCAAAGAAGCACUGCAGAGAGAAGAUCUUUCUAUUGUUGAAGUGAACUCCACUGAGCUUCCGCUCAUUAGCUUCCCUUGGAUUUUCCCUGACGUCCUCGGUGAUGUUGCAACGGGCCGGGCGCGACAGGCUUUGGUCUCGGAGGGACAAGCAAGCGUCGAUUCCGCAAAGCCCAUCGGUGAUGGCCUGGUCUUCACUCACAAGCAAAUUCUCAAGAUCGUUGAAGAUAUGGAUGAGGACGUGAAGCCGAAGGGUGAGGAGAAUACGAAGCCAAAGGCUGAGGCGGGCUCUGGCUCCGCGCCCCCAGGUCAAGAACUCAUUGCUCGUCGACGAAUUGACAAGAAUAAACAUAUUCCAAACCCCAAAUACACAAAUGAGGGAGUGUGCUUCGAUGAGGAUGAUGGGAAGGAGGGUGAGGUAAACAUUGGUGCUGCUCAAGCCGAAGAAAGGGUUGAAAAGGAGACUGUGACGGAGAAUAUCGUUGAAAUGGAUGGCGAUGUCCAGCCUUCAGCGCUGGACGCUCUGAUCAAGAUGAUUAAUAGUUGA